GCCCACAAACACACAUUCGCGGGGGCCACCGAAAUCCGUCCUUACUUCGAGCUGCUGUCUUGCACAUAGUGUUACCCUAUAUACCCUCUUUAUAUCCAAUACCUACAAGACAAGACAAUCGCUACAUCUAGAGAAUUAUCACGCUCUUCUGUGACCACUACCCUCGAAAUUUCACCUCGCUCCCUGCUCUCACAUGCCUAGUAACUCUGCCCGUGCCGACUCGCCAUCUUCCAACACGUGCGCAUAACCCGACAGGCACGUGUCCCCGAGACUCCGAAUCCCAACCACUCCCUGCCGCCAGUAUGACUACAUCCGAACUGCGCCAGCGUCCUCGGCCCGCCGGCGAGGCCCCCAAACCCGAACCCUCUGUCACAUCUACGAAUCCUGUCCUCGACCCCAAGACCCAACAUCCCUCCGGCGAGGCUAAGUACGGUCGCUUGAGAUCCUACCUCCGCGCCCUCACCUUCUCGAUAUACUUCGGCACUGGUAUUCUUGCUGUGCACCUCUCCCAGUUUCUCGGCGCCCCGCUUUACUUCGUCAACCGCCAGUUCUACGAUGCCUAUAUGUCCCUGACCAAGGCCAACUUUGGCCUGUUGAUCACCACCAUGACCCAAUGGUGGGCUCCUACCAUUAUUAGGAUCAGCGGUGAUGCCUCGGUUGCUGGACAGCUGAGCUUGACCCCGGAUGGCAGGGUGCAGUGCAACUUUCCAGAGCGCAUGGUCUUGAUAGCAAACCACCAGAUCUAUACAGACUGGUUGUAUCUUUGGUGGAUCGGGUACACGAGCAUCCCUCAGAUGCAUGGUCACAUCUUCAUCAUUCUCAAGGAGUCGCUCAAGUGGAUCCCUAUUAUCGGGCCUGGAUGUAUGUUUAUUGGAUUUAUAUUCAUGUCCCGUAAGAUGGCUGUCGAUCGCCCCCGACUCGCCCACCGUCUUGAGAAGCUGAAGAUGCGCUAUACCGGCCCUGACGGCGAGAGCUAUCUGGACCCCAUGUGGCUUCUACUGUUCCCAGAGGGCACUAAUCUGUCGGGCAAUGGGAGAAAGAAGUCCGCUAGUUGGGCCGAAAAGACUGGUCUCAAAGAUGCUCAGCACGUCAUGUUACCGAGGAGCACCGGCAUGUACUUCUGUCUCACCGAGCUUAAGGGUACUGUGGACUAUGUCUAUGACUGUACCGUCGCCUACGAAGGUGUCCCUCGUGGAGGAUACGGUGAAGACUAUUUCACCCUGUCUAGCACAUUUUUCCAAGGUCGCCCACCGAAAUCAGUCAACUUCUACUGGCGUCGCUUUGCUUUAGCGGAUAUACCGUUAGAAAACCAAGAAGAAUUCGACAAGUGGCUUCGCGAGCGAUGGUACGAAAAGGACGAGCUCAUGGAGCAAUACGUCUCAACUGGUCGAUUCCCCGCCAAUGGUGCUGGUAUCAAAGGGCAUCUCGAAACUGAGGUCAAGACGCAGUAUUGGUGGGAAUUCAUCAAGAUAUACAUGCUUGUUGGGACCUUUGGACUCUUUUUCAACAUCAUCCUCAAAGCGGUCCGCUUGAUCGUUCGGGUUAGAUAGUCGACGCCUUGGCAUGGAGCUAGUCCUUCGAUGUACGGACCAUCACCAUGCCAAGCUUUUGAAUCAGUUGGAUCGGCAAGAGAUUCCA